AUGGGAAUAGACAUAGUCAACUUCUACAGCUCCUAUGGUAGUUAUCACAGCAAUAUAGUGUAAAUUUAUAUAAAUAUCAGAAUGCAGGAACAAGGCCAUACAUUUGGUGUGCAUUCCACUCAUUUUGCUAUCAGCUGUUUAAAUUAUGAACCAUUACUCAUUCACCAUUGACACAGGAUGUUGUCAAUUAAACAUUGGUUUAAUAAUGCUGUUCGUUCUUGCUCUCGUCUACAUGGCUGUAGACCUGGUUAGUGGAGUAAGUUUUUUCUUUUUAUGAUACACCAAAGAUUCUUGCUUCGUCAUUUUAUAUCGCAGUCACACUCUUCCUCAAUUAACGCUUCACCAAUACCGAUGAGGCUUAAUGGAGUAAUCACUUGUAUGUGGCUAUCACCUUCCAAGUCACUUGCUGGAUUUUGUAGUUUGUUGGACAUGGAGUUUUCGAAAGUAAUUCUACCGCACUAUUUUUCUAAUUUUCCUAGAACGUGCCCCUGCCCUUUUGGACAACAUUCUGUAGAUCUUUGUGGCCCCAGACUUCGUGUUCUUGGAAAUAUUGUUCUUUUUAGGUUACAAGCCCCAAAUUCACAAGGCUUGUCAGGCCAAGAUUGAAAGCAGUAUCAAACAAUUCAGAAAUUCGAAGAAAGAAAUUUGAUAUUAUAUUAAAAUUUAAUAUAAU